CUUCUCCACAGCAGUGUUGGUUUUUACAAGCAGCUCCUGAACGCCACGCUGAUUUAGCACCUGAUGCAAUCAAACCUGCAAACAGAUGCAUGGUGUGUUUGUGCUGCACGCAGACGGACAGGCGGGAUGUGCACUUGAGCCUCCUGGUUCUGCUGGUCUGAGCUCGGCUCACCAACAUGGCUGAAGGACCCGACGAGGCCUCCCUGCUCCUCCCCCCCUGCCCCUCCCCCCCUCAGCCUCCGUGGACUCUCUCGGAACCAGAGAGAGCCUCUGAAGGCCCCCUAGUCCAGCAGUCGUCCUCCGGCUUCUAUGAGGAGCUCUUCUGGAGCCUCCAGGCUCCCGUCCCUCUGGCUGGAGCCCUCGCGUCCUCCGGGCCGCAGAGCGACGUGGUGAAGCAAGGCUACCUGGGGAAGCUGGAGAGGAACCACAGGAGAUACUUUGUGCUGAGAGCGGGGAGUCACACCGGGCCGAGUCGACUGGAGUGGUACAGGAACCGAGACAAGUUCACAGCGGCGGAGAAAUCGGCUGGGAGGACGGCGCCGUUCGGAUGCAGCAGACCAGGAGCCAUCUAUCUGCGCUGCUGCCUCGGCGUCAGCCGUAUCGGGGACUCCCGCAGGGGUCACACGGUGGAGCUGUACGCCAAAGACCACACCUUGGUGCUGCUGGCGGAGGACCGGCAGCAGAACCAGGACUGGUACGUGGCCAUCAAGACCCUGAUGGAGGAGGAGCAGAGAGACGAGGAGCACGGAGGAGGGGCUGAUGAAGAAGACGAUGGGUACUUCACCCUCCCCCCCGGAGCCUUCUUCAAAGAGGUGUGGCCCGUCACGGUGAAGCCUCGCGGUCUGGGCAGCUCCAAACCCCUCACCGGGGAGAACCGGCUCUGCCUCACCGCCACCUCCCUGGUCUUGGUCCGACUGGGAGCCGAUACGGAGCUGCCGUCCGUCACCAUCCCUCUGCUGAGCGUCCGCAGGUUCGGACACCUGGACGGCCUGUUCUACUUGGAGCUGGGCCGGUCGGCGCCCGGCGGGCCCGGGGAAAUCUGGAUGGAAGCGAAGCAGCAAGCCCUCGCCCAGCAGAUCCACGAGUCCAUUCGGGAGACGGUCCGGGCCCUGCGAGCCCUGCCGGACCUGGCCGGGUCGCCGGCCUCCAGACCCAGCCAGCACCCGGGCCUUCUGGCCUCAAAGCGCUGCCGACCCAAACCCAGAGGCAGGCUGGGGAAUGUGAGAACCUCAGACCCGCAGACGAGCCCCGCCCACAGUCACCUGAGGUCCAAUGAGAGCGACGACAGCAAGCAGGACUCCUCCACCUCUGACCUCAGUCCCUCCAGAGCCCACCAGGGCCCGACAGCCUUCAAGUUGCACAGCUGGGGCUCGUCAGAGGGGGAGGAGCUGCUGGGGUACAUGGUCAUGUCCCCCCAGGCCGGGAUCAAACCCUCGGCUCCGCCUCAGGAUGACUACGUCACCAUGGAGAGCCCGCAGAGGCUGGAGCGGACGGCGUGCUCCUCCUCCUCCUUCUCCUCCUCCCUUCAGACGGCCUUCAGCAGCCUCACCUGCGACAGCCCGUCGUCUCUGCAUGCCGUCAGCAUUCGCUCUCCGCUUUCUCCGGUUCCUGGUGAGGCUCCGAGGAGCUCCGGCUGCUCUCCUGCUCGGGUUUGGAGGACGUCCUGCAGAUCAGGUCUGCCAGACCCCGAUCUCCUCCAGUCUGCGGUGAGACGAUCCUGGCUGCCGCCGUGUUUCCUGUCGUGUCUGAAAGGUGGAGACAGAAGAUGACGGCGGGAGACGGCUCAGAUCCACCUGCAGACCCGAAGCUCCGGGCGUUCCUCACCUGGACUCCUCCUGGGGCCUGAAGAUCAGAAGUUCUGCAGCUUUCAGAAACGGGAAAAAAUAAAGUUCAUGCUCUUGACAAUCUCCAGA